AUGGAAGGAGAGCACAUUUCUGGUUGGAUAAGUGGGCAGAGAAGGGGAGUAGCUGGAAGUUGGACAGUGGGUUUUAGAAGAGCACUGUUGGCUUGGGAGGAGCAGGAGGCUAAUAGGCUGUACACUCUACUUAAUUCUGUAACUCCACUUUGCAAUACAAAAACAGAUGAAUUGAUUUGGGCAGAAGGUACAUCAAGGAUGUUUAGUGUUUCUUCAGUGUAUAAUUGGUGUGAGUCUUUUCUUGGGCCUAAGCUGGACAUGGCAGGAACAAUCUGGAAUAAUUGUGCUCCAUCUAAAGUGCAGUUUUUUGGGUGGUUAGCCUGGCAUGGCAAGGUUAAAACUUCUAGCUUUUUGCAAAGAAUUGGUAUCCUUGAUUCAAAUGCCAAUAUUGUUUGUGUGUUUUGUCAAAAUGAGAUAGAAAUAGUGGAUCAUAUCCUUCUCUUUUGCCCUUUUGUAUGGAGGCUCUGGUCAAACAUUGUAAAAUGGUGGGGUCUUCAGUGGGUGUUAUCUGGUUCUGUAAAUGGAUUACUGCAGUGGUGGUUUGGGUGUAAAAUGAAAAAGUUGGAAAAGAAAAUUUGGGCAGUCAUUCCCUUAGCCAUUCUCUGGUCUAUUUGGAAGCACAGAAAUGACUGUGUGUUCAGUGACAUUCAACCAAAUUGGGAAGAAUUGUGUGAUAUUGUUAAGGUGAGAGUAGCAAUGUGGAUCAAGGCUUCUCCAAUGGAUGCGGUGUUCUCUAUUAAUGACCUUGUGUUUAAUUUGCAACAAGUGCAAUACUGCAUUAGGAAUGGUGGUUGA